AUGGAUUCUAAAACAAGGUUAUAUCACUGUGACGUUUGUUCAUCAGAUUGUACCCAUAGAACAAGGAUAAAAUGUGCCAUAUGCAAUGACUAUGACUUAUGUGUACCUUGCUUUGCUGCUGGAUCAACAACUGGAGACCAUAAGCCAUGGCAUGAUUACCAGGUAAUUGAACAAAGCACGUAUCCAAUUUUUGACAAAGACUGGGGUGCUGAUGAAGAGAUGUUGCUUAUCAAAGGGUGCGAAACAUUUGGUUUAGGUAACUGGCAAGAUAUUGCUGACCACAUCGGCAACAGAUCCAAAGAAGAAGUGACACAACAUUACACUGACAUUUAUUUGAAUUCGAGAGAAUAUCCACUACCUGAGAUGAAUAAAGACUUCUCUGAUGUUACACCCCAAGAAUUUUUAGAAAGAAGAAAGAAAAGGCUCGAGGAGAGGAGGAAUAUGCCAUUGCCACCUCCGAAAACUAAACCAGCAUCCUCCGUACCUCUAUGUCAUGAAAUUCAAGGUUAUAUGCCAGGAAGAUUGGAAUUUGAUCAUGAAGCAGAAAAUGAGGCAGAAACUUCAGUGAAGGAUUUGAUUUUCGAUCCUGAUGACCAAGCAGGUGAUAUUGAGUUGAAAUUGACAGUUUUGGAUAUAUAUAACUCGAGGUUGACAUCGAGAGCGGAAAGGAAAAGAAUUUUAUUACUCAAUAAUUUAUUGAAUUAUAGAAAGAACAUCAGUUUAGACAAGAGAAAAUCCAAAGAGGAAAAGGAGCUACAAAGGAAAAUCAAUGCCUUCAUUAGGAUUUUGACUCCCAGUGACUUUGAGUCUUUUAGCAAAGAUAUUCUCACAGAGUUGAAAUGUAGAAUGAGGAUUCAACAGCUCCAAAGUUGGAGAAGAAACGGAAUAACCACUUUAGAAGAUGGAAAUAAGUUUGAGAAAGAUAUUCUUAUAAGGGCUGCUCAUUAUCAAAGAAUGGGUAACGGAAGCACAAACGGUCGGCACUCCAAUUUCGGUUCUGGAGCUAAUACACCAAUCCCACCUGUGGCACGCGGUAAGUCUUUUGCGACUUCUCCUCAACCAGAAUUUAAGCCCAAGUCGGCAAGUUCAAGAGUUCCGUUGGACAUAUCGCACGCUGCAGACUUUGAGUUACUUUCAAACGAAGAAAAACAAUUGUGUGCUACUUUGAGGAUCUUGCCAAAGCCAUACCUAGCUAUCAAAAAUCAGCUCAUGAAAGAAGCGGUCAAAAACAAUGGUAUCUUGAAGAAAAAAGAUGCUAGACAAGCAUUAAAAAUUGAUGUUAAUAAAGCUUCAAAGAUUUACGAGUUUUUUGUUCAAAUGGGUUGGUGUUCUCAGGCAUAA